AUGUGUAGGUAUGUUUUGCAAAUCAUUUUCUAGUCCCAUAUGUUGUAUAAGGCUAAACUUAAUUGUUGGAAUUUUGGUUUAGACUAUAAUGUUAACUGUGUACAGUAUUCAGUCCUUGAUUGGAGGGAAUGAUAGUCCCUAGAUGCUCUGGAAACUAAUGUAGAUUUUUUGACUUGUGUAAAAGUACAUAUUUUUAGACAAACAAGGCAGAACAUCUAGAAGCCAAUUCAAGUAUUCAACACAGUUUCACUUUCUUCUCCUUUUCUAAAUGGCUCCUGCAACUCUGAGGAUGAAGAAUCCUGAAGGAUUCACAAUAUUGGCCUUACUGCCUAUCGUGCACUUUUAAGGAAUGGGCAAAUUGCUGCUGAGAUGCCAGAAGCUGUGCAGACUCAAGACCAACCAAUGGAGGAGGAGGUGGAGACCUUUGCCUUCCAGGCUGAAAUAGCUCAGUUGAUGUCUCUGAUCAUCAACACUUUCUAUUCUAACAAGGAGAUCUUCCUGAGAGAGCUGAUUUCUAAUUCAUCAGAUGCUCUGGAUAAAAUCAGAUAUGAGAGUUUGACUGAUCCAAGCAAACUAGAUUCUGGAAAAGAUCUGAAAAUUAACAUCCUUCCCAACAAGCAUGAUCGCACCCUGACCAUUGUGGAUACUGGCAUAGGGAUGACCAAAGCUGAUCUGGUUAACAACCUGGGUACUAUUGCCAAAUCUGGCACCAAAGCCUUCAUGGAGGCAUUGCAAGCAGGUGCCGAUAUUUCUAUGAUUGGUCAGUUUGGUGUUGGCUUCUACUCUGCCUACUUGGUUGCUGAGAAAGUAACCGUGAUCACCAAGCACAAUGAUGAUGAGCAGUAUGCUUGGGAGUCUUCUGCUGGAGGAUCAUUCACUGUAAGACUUGAUAAUGGGGAACCUCUGGGCCGGGGUACAAAGGUUAUUCUGCAUCUUAAGGAAGACCAGACCGAGUACUUGGAGGAAAGACGAAUCAAGGAAAUUGUGAAGAAGCACUCACAGUUCAUUGGUUAUCCAAUUACACUCUUUGUGGAAAAAGAACGGGAUAAGGAAGUAAGUGACGAUGAGGCAGAGGAAAAGGAAGAAGAGAAAGAGGAAAAAGAAGAAAAGACAGAAGACAAACCAGAGAUUGAGGAUGUUGGCUCUGAUGAGGAGGAAGAAAAGAAAGAUGGGGACAAGAAGAAGAAAAAGAAGAUUAAGGAGAAAUACAUUGACCAGGAGGAGCUCAACAAAACCAAGCCAAUCUGGACCCGGAAUCCAGAUGAUAUUACAAAUGAGGAAUAUGGAGAAUUCUAUAAAAGCCUGACCAAUGAUUGGGAAGACCACUUAGCAGUGAAACACUUUUCUGUGGAAGGGCAGCUGGAAUUCAGAGCUCUUCUAUUUGUCCCAAGACGUGCACCCUUUGAUUUGUUUGAGAACAGAAAGAAAAAAAAUAACAUUAAAUUGUAUGUACGCAGAGUCUUCAUCAUGGAUAACUGUGAGGAGCUAAUUCCUGAAUAUCUGAACUUCAUGCGGGGAGUGGUGGACUCUGAAGAUCUGCCUCUAAAUAUUUCCCGUGAAAUGCUGCAGCAGAGCAAGAUUCUGAAAGUGAUAAGAAAGAACUUGGUCAAGAAAUGCUUGGAACUCUUCACUGAAUUAGCAGAAGACAAGGAGAACUACAAGAAAUUUUAUGAGCAGUUCUCUAAAAAUAUUAAGCUUGGCAUACAUGAAGAUUCCCAAAACCGAAAGAAACUCUCAGAAUUGUUGAGAUACUACACUUCUGCAUCUGGUGAUGAGAUGGUCUCUUUGAAAGACUAUUGUACUCGGAUGAAGGAAAACCAGAAACACAUAUAUUACAUUACAGGUGAAACCAAAGAUCAGGUAGCAAACUCUGCUUUUGUGGAACGCCUUCGCAAACAUGGUCUGGAGGUAAUUUACAUGAUUGAACCUAUUGACGAGUACUGCGUGCAGCAGUUAAAGGAAUUUGAAGGCAAGACCUUAGUUUCUGUAACAAAGGAGGGUUUGGAGCUUCCAGAGGAUGAAGAGGAGAAAAAGAAACAGGAGGAGAAGAAGGCAAAGUUUGAAAACCUCUGCAAAAUCAUGAAAGACAUACUUGAAAAGAAAGUGGAAAAGGUUGUGGUCUCCAACCGUUUGGUGACUUCUCCAUGCUGCAUUGUAACAAGUACAUAUGGCUGGACUGCAAAUAUGGAGAGGAUAAUGAAAGCACAAGCACUGAGAGACAACUCCACAAUGGGCUACAUGGCAGCAAAGAAACACCUUGAGAUAAAUCCUGACCAUUCCAUCAUUGAAACACUAAGGCAGAAAGCAGAGGCCGACAAGAAUGACAAGUCAGUGAAGGAUCUGGUUAUUUUGUUGUAUGAAACCGCGCUCCUGUCCUCUGGUUUCAGUUUGGAGGAUCCCCAGACACAUGCUAACCGUAUUUAUAGAAUGAUCAAACUUGGUCUUGGCAUUGAUGAAGAUGAUGCUGUUACAGAAGAAACUAGUCCAGCGGUUGCUGAGGAGAUGCCACCACUUGAAGGCGAUGAUGACACUUCACGUAUGGAGGAAGUGGACUGAAAUAGCCAGCUAGCUUACAGAAACUUGUGGCUGUUUCCUUGGCUAAUUUGAAUAAGUUAUAUUUUGUAUAUUAUGAAUGUUACCUGCCAAAAAAUUUGACAUGAUCUGCAUUCCCUCUUUAUAUUUAUUUUCAAAGAUGUUAUACUUAUUUUUGUUACUUUUUU